AUGUCGUCGUCUCCAGUAGGUGAGGGUGCAGAGAGGAAGAAGGUGUGUGUGACCGGUGGCAGCGGCUACAUUGCUUCUGCACUCGUCAAGUUUCUGCUGGAGAAGGGCUAUGCCGUCAACACCACUGUCAGAAACCCCGGAUGGAUAGUGCUUGCUCCUUGUGAUCAUUUUGGUCAAACAUUUUGUCCCAAAAUAAGUGAUUGCUUUAGGACUCAAAAGUUCAGAGUAAAUAGGUGUGGUUUUGCGUCGACCUGUGCAGAUGAGGAGGAGAAGACCUCCCAUCUGAAGGAUCUGCAGGCGAUUGGCCCGUUGAACAUCUUCCGUGCCGACCUGAACGAAGAAGGCAGCUUCGACGGCGCCGUCGCCGGCUGCGUCUUCGUAUUCCUCGUCGCCGCGCCGGUGCUCGUCGACUCGGACAAUCUCCAGGAGGACAUUACUGAAACCAACGUCCGAGGCACUCUGAACGUGAUGAGGUCCUGCGUGCGAGCGAAGACGACGGUGAAGCGUGUGAUCCUGACGUCGUCGGACAGCGCCGCUAUCUACAACGCCACGGCGAUGCAAGGCAACGACGGCCAUAUUGUUGACGAGCAGUCAUGGUCCGACAUCAAUUACCUUGAGACUCUGAAUCACACGUAUGCAGAUUGGGCAAGGGCGUACGCGGCAGGGAAGGUGCGUUCGGAGGAGGCGGCACGCAGGGUGACGCGGGAGAACCACAUGAGCCUCGUCACCGUGCUCCCCACCCUCGUCGUCGGCGCCGCACCGGCGACCAAGGGCUUCACCACCGGCGCCCUCGUCCUCUCCUUGCUCACCGGCGAUGAGACGAUGAUGGAGAUGCUGAUGUACAACCAGCAGCUCACCGGCGACACGAUGCCGCUGGUCCACGUCCGCGACAUCUGCCGCGCCCAGGUGUUCCUCGCCGAGAGGAGCGAGUCGCCGGCGCCGGGAGAGAGGUACAUCUGCUGCGGCGUCAACACCACCGUGGCGCGGCUCGCCCGCUUCCUCGCCGGGAAGUUCCCGCAGUACGACGUGAAAACCGACGGGUUCGGCGACGUCGCCGAGGACCCGAAGAUCUUGCUCUCGUCGGAGAAGCUGGUGAAGGCAGGGUUCGAGUUCGAGCGCAAGAAUCUGGACGAGAUGUUCGACGACGCCGUCGAGUACGGCAAGGCCCUGGGGAUUCUGCCGUGUUGAUGAUGAUCGCAGGUGGUGGCGCGUUCGCAAGACGAGGGAUCACCAUCAACCAUCCGAAUAAAGAAUUAAUAAUGGUGAAACUUAUGGAAAUAAUUUGACUACAUAUGAGUUGUGUGAUUUAGGUCUAGAUACUUAAAAAUACAUAGUACUUGUCUUCUCCUGUGUGCCAUGCUACCCCCACCUGACCCACCCAAAACUAAAUAACCUAAAGAGCAAGAAGAUAAAAUGAAAAGGGGACAGAGGAGAGACAAGAUGGGGGCGUGGCUGCCAUGUCACCGCCACAUAAUAUUCCGAGGAGGUUGAGACAAUUUCAAACCAAGAAUACAUACUU